CGCCUGUCAAAGCCUAAAAAUAAGGUACCUUGAGCAGCUGAAACACCCCAACACCAGCACCAACAAGACAAGAAGAACAAACACAUCAGAAAAACAGCAUCAUCCUAUUUAUCUUCAUUGCUUUAUUUUCAGCAAACCCACACAUCAAAAACACAAAGAAAAAGAAAGCAUGGAAACUCCACGCACCCUCGAAGAGUCCACACAUCACCAAACUCUCUCUUUAUUUCAAUGGCCCAGCUCAGAUCAGCUGGACCAUAAUUUAUGGUUUAGUAGGAGGAAGGAAAAAAAACCAAAAUUAAAGGGAAAAAGAAAGCAAAGAUAGAGAAGAUAGAUGUAGAUGUCUUCAAAUGUGCUCCAUCCAAAAACCCAUGUUUACCAGAAAUACCCUUCUGCAACCCCCCCGGGGAAAAAAAACCAUCUUCAUCACUGUCUCAACUCUCUAAAGUUACAUUUUUUCACCUUCUUGUUAUUAUGUGGACUUCUUUGGGUUUUCUUUGUCUUGGUCAGAGUUUUAACAGAUUGAACAGGAAAGCCAGAACCUUCCUCUCUCUCUCUACACUUAAUCUUUCCCUUUUAUCAUUUCAUGCCCACAUCUCAUUCUUUCUUAUCGAAUAACCCUUAUUCUUUCUCCUUCUUGUCUCUUUCUCUUCUACAUAUUUGCUUAUUUUAGCCCUCAUACCUGUGUUCUGAACCAUGAAGAAGAUGAACGUGGUUGCUGCUUCUGUGGGGUAUUCUCCAUACGCCAUGUAUGAGGACCAAAGAACCAGGUUCAAGCACCAGAGCCUCAUGCAAGACUUUCAAGACUUACACAAGGAAACAGAUGCCAUGAGAAAGAAAUUGCAGAUGUUGAAAGAACGAAAAUCGACUCUGUUGGCCGAAGUCCGGUUUUUGAGAAGGAGGCACAAAUUCUUGAUGCAAAACCGAUCUUCGUACACCCCGGCGGAACAAAUCUUUGCACCGCCACAGAAUAUGGUGAUUAGAAGUAAACCGAAUAUGAAGGGAAAGAAAUCAACGGGAAAGGAACAUUCUUUGCGACACCUAGCUACAGGUUCUGAUCUGAACCAGAAGGGAAAGACUUAUGGUGAAAAGGAAACCUUACUCACUUGUCCUUCUCCUAUGAUCGACUUAAACCAAAAGCAGCUGAAAGUUUUCGGUGGGAAGGAGGAUCUUACUCUGCGAAGUUCUUUACGGGCUCUUGACUUGAACCAGAAGGAAAGGCUUUACAGUGAAAAGGAGGCUGCUGCUCGAAGCAUGGCACCGGUUUUUGAUUUAAACCAGAUUUCGACAGAGGAGGAAAAACUACAGGUUAAUGAUAACUCACUGAGAAUAGAGGAACUCAAGAAAAGUUCAAUCCGAAUAGGAAAUGAUGAGCAGCACAACGAUAUUAAACUAUCCGCCUGCUGGAACACUGGAAGCGGCCCGAACAGAGUCGGGAAACGAAAGAUCACAUGGCAAGAUCAGGUGGCAUUGAGGGUUUAAGUCCCUUAGUUGGAAGGGGUGGUACUUGUUAGUUUAGCUUCCCUCCCUCUCAGAUGUAUUCUCAACGAAAAUGUGUUGUUUAACGAUUCAUGCUUGAUUCUUGGAGUAACCGAGAAGCAAUUUGGUGGCUUGCAUUUAUUUGUGAUGUGAA